CUUGUCACCUUUUAUCUAUUUCAUUCUUAAGUACAACUUCUUUACUUCAAAAUCAAAUUUCCAAUUACUUUGAUAGAUAGCAACAUAGUUGCAACUACUUGUAGCAUAUUAUAGACACUAAUAAAAAAAGAUAUGAAACUAAUCAUAGUAGAAGUUAUUAAUGCUCAUGAUCUUAUGCCAAAAGAUGGUGAAGGAUCAGCUAGUCCAUUUGUUGAAGUAGACUUUGAAAACCAAUUAAGCAGAACAAGAACCGUCCCAAAAAAUCUAAACCCAACUUGGAAUCAAAAGCUUGUCUUUCAUUUAGAUACAACCAAACCAUACCAUCACAAAACUAUCGAAGUUUCGGUCUACAACGAGCGGAGACCGAUCCACGGCCGAAACUUCCUUGGAAGGGUGAUAAUUCCUUGCUCUAAUAUUGUUAAAGAAGGUGAUGAAGUUUAUCAGAUUUUGCCACUUGAAAAGAAGUGGGUUUUUUCAUCUGUUAAAGGUGAGAUUGGCCUAAAAGUUUACAUUUCAUCAGAAUCCAAAGCUAAAGACUUUUCUCCUAUUUUCACUUCAGAACUAGAAAAUCUCUCACCUUCUAUUACACCAAAACAAGCACAAGAAAAUACAAGCCUAAGUCUAACCAACACAACAUUAGAAUUUGAUCCUGGCACCUGUGAAGCACUGAUACAAACACAAACCCCAGAUACGACACUGACACAGACACCAGACACAACUGCAACACCAAGGGAAGAAAUAGAAGAAGCAUAUUCUGUUUCUGCAUCCAAUUACUCCACUGAAGAAUAUCAAUCUAGCAACAUUGAUUUUGAUCAAGAGCCAAAGAUAGAAAUCAAAGAACCUGACAUACAAAUAUCUACUCAACAACUAGACAAACAUCAAGUUCAUCAACAACCAAGGAUUUCAAUAAAGAAAAGACCACAACAAGAUAAUCUAUUCACAAUGCACUCAUUUGAUCCUCAAGCUCAAUCUAGCCAUGUUGAAAACUAUAAUCACAACAAUAUGGACUCCAACAUGCAACCAAGGAUUUCAAUUAAGCGGCGACCUCAAGUCCAUUCUAGGUAUGAUGAAAGAUUCAAUCUUAAAGGAACCAACCAACAACCAAGGAUUUUAGUAGAGACACCGCGAAGUGUUUCUUCACCCCCAAGGCACAAUGUAGAUCAUCAAGUCCAUACUAGCAAUGAUGGAGACUACAAUCUCAAGGAAACAAAUCCAGAUAUUGGUGAGAAGUGGCUUAAUGGUGGAAGAAAAUGGAUGAGUGGUGGUGAAAGAUUCACAACCACACAUGAUCUUGUUGAGCAGAUGUUUUAUCUAUACGUUCGUGUAGCGAAAGCAAAGGAUCUUCCACCAGGAACAAUCACCUCAAGUUGUGAUCCUUAUGUGGAAGUGAAGCUAGGGAACUAUAGAGGAAGAACAAAGCACUUUGAGAAGAAAUUGAAUCCAGAAUGGAACCAAGUAUUUGCUUUCUCGAAAGACCGAAUUCAAGCUUCGGUCCUCGAAGUCUUUGUAAAAGAUAAAGAAAUGGUUGGAAGAGAUGACUAUCUAGGAAUGGUAGUUUUUGACCUCAAUGAGGUUCCAACAAGAGUUCCACCAGAUAGUCCAUUAGCUCCUCAAUGGUAUAGACUUCAAGGCUUGCGAGGCGAAGGAAUGGUGAGAGGCGAUAUUAUGCUAGCAGUUUGGAUGGGAACACAAGCUGAUGAAGCUUUCUCAGAUGCUUGGCAUUCUGAUGCUGCAACUGUCUAUGGUGAAGGUGUUUACAACAUAAGAUCAAAGGUUUAUGUGUCUCCAAAACUAUGGUAUCUAAGAGUUAAUGUCAUUGAAGCUCAAGAUGUUAUACCGAGGGACAGAUACCGAUUACCAGAGGUUUCUGUGAAGGCUCAAUUAGGCUGCCAAGUAUUGAGGACAAAGAUUUGUUCCACUAGAACAACUACUCCACUUUGGAAUGAAGAUUUGGUUUUUGUAGCAGCUGAACCAUUUGAGGAGCAAUUGACUAUAACUGUGGAGGAUCAUGUUCAGCCUUCAAAAGAUGAGGUACUUGGAAAAAUAAUCUUACCUUUAAACCUCUUUGAGAAGCGGCUAGACCAUCGACCGGUUCACUCUCGAUGGUUCAAUCUCGAGAAAUAUGGUUUUGGAGUACUAGAAGGUGAUAGAAGAAAUGAGCUUAAAUUUUCAAGCAGGGUUCACCUUAGAAUUUGCCUCGAUGGCGGAUACCAUGUUUUAGACGAAUCGACAUUGUACAUAAGUGAUCAAAGACCAACAGCUAGACAACUAUGGAAGCAGCCUAUUGGAAUACUUGAAGUAGGAAUCUUAGGAGCAAAAGGGCUUCUCCCUAUGAAAAUGAAAGAUGGAAAUGGUAGCACAGAUUCUUAUUGUGUUGCAAAAUAUGGUCAGAAAUGGAUCAGAACAAGAACACUUUUAGACACUUUUAGUCCUAAAUGGAAUGAACAAUACACAUGGGAGGUUUAUGAUCCUUGCACUGUCAUAACAUUAGGUGUUUUUGACAAUUGCCAUUUAGGUGGAGGAGAUAAAAAAGCUUCGAAUGGAAGUCCAAUCCAAGAUUCAAGAAUUGGAAAAGUAAGGAUUAGGCUUUCAACACUAGAAGCUAACAAAAUUUACACAAAUUCUUAUCCACUUCUUGUUUUACACCAACAUGGAGUUAAGAAAAUGGGUGAGCUUCAACUUGCAGUGAGGUUCACUACACUCUCUAUAGCUAACAUGUUUCAUAUCUAUGGCCAGCCAUUGCUUCCAAAGAUGCAUUAUUUACAACCUUUCACAGUUAAUCAAAUAGAGAACUUAAGGUACCAAGCAAUGAGUAUUGUAGCAAUGAGGCUUGGUAGAGCUGAACCUCCCCUUAGGAAGGAAGUAGUUGAAUACAUGUUGGAUGUUGAUUCAAAUAUAUGGAGCAUGAGAAGAAGCAAAGCUAACUUCUUUCGCGCGAUGUCGCUUUUCUCUAGUCUAAUCACAAUCGGAAGAUGGUUUGAUGAUGUUUGUCACUGGAAAAAUCACAUCACAUCGAUACUAGUCCACAUCCUCUUUUUGAUACUUUUAUGGUAUCCAGAAUUGAUACUGCCAACUUUUUUUCUAUACAUGUUCUUGAUUGGACUAUGGAACUAUCGGUUUCGUCCGCGAAAUCCACCUCAUAUGGAUACUAAACUAUCAUGGGCUGAAUCGGUCCACCCUGACGAGCUCGACGAAGAAUUUGACACAUUUCCAACAUCAAGAUCACAUGAUGUUGUCAGAAUGAGGUAUGAUAGACUCAGAAGUGUUGCAGGUAGGAUUCAAACAAUUGUUGGAGACAUAGCUACACAAGGGGAGAGGUUUACGUCUUUAUUGAGCUGGAGAGAUCCUAGAGGAACAACAAUCUUUGUGUUGUUUAGCUUUUGUGCUGCUUUUGUUCUUUAUGUAACACCAUUUAGAGUUGUGGCUUUGAUGACAGGUUUGUAUCAUUUGAGACAUCCAAGGUUUAGGAACAAGCUGCCUUGUGUUCCAAGUAAUUUCUUCAAGAGGCUGCCUGCUAGAAUAGAUAGUUUGCUGUGAAUUUUUCUAUUAACAUAUAAUAUAUAGUUUCAGGGAUCUUUGUUGUUGUAAUCACAUAGUAACAGUUUGUAAUUUAUUCAUUUCCAGCUUUAUUCUUCUUGUUAAUUAUUA